CGAGGCAGAGUGCCCACAACCUCCUGGGCAGGGAGCGAGGGAGGCAACGCAACACUCCGGCCCUUACACGCCGGUUUCCGUCCGGGACAGCGGCCCGCGGCCUUCUGAGGGGCGGUGGCUCCCGGCAUGCCCACGGCGGGCGGGGCCGGUGGCGGGGCCUCGGCAAACGGCAGAACACGGCCCAGGGCAGUGACAUGGCCGGAGAUCAGUCUCGGAGCUUCGGCAAAGGCAGCACGGCCCCGGGGCCAGUGCCCGAGGGGCUGAUCCGGCUGUACAGCAUGCGGUUCUGCCCCUUCGCCCAGAGGACCCGCCUCGUCCUCCGCGCCAAGGGCAUCAGCCAUGAAGUAAUCAACAUCAACCUGAAGAAUAAACCUGACUGGUUCUUUGAGAAGAGCCCCUUUGGGUUGGUUCCUGUUCUGGAGACCAGCAAGGGCCAGCUGAUCUACGAGUCCCCAAUCACUUGUGAGUAUUUGGAUGAAGCAUUUCCAGGGAAGAAGUUGAUGCCUUCAGACCCAUAUGAGCGAGCCUUACAGAAGAUGCUCCUGGAACAGUUUUCAAAGGUAACACCUUUAGUUUUCAAGUAUUAUGUGGCAGUCAAAGAUGGACAGGACACUGCAGCACUAAAAGCAGAGAUUGUUGAAAAGUUUGGCACAUUUGAAGAGAUUCUCUCCAAAUGCAACACUGUAUUUUAUGGGGGGGACUCAAUUUCCAUGCUUGACUACAUGAUCUGGCCAUGGUUUGAACGCCUGGAACCAUUUCAGCUGAAGGACUCUUUAAGUCACACCCCAAAGCUCCAACGCUGGAUGGAGGCCAUGAAGGAGGACCCUGCUGUCAAGGCUACAAUGACUGACCCACAGAUAUACAAAGAUUACCUUCAGCUCUAUUUGAAGAACAGCCCUGAGGCAUGUGAUUAUGGGCUAUGAGGUGCCAGUAGGCACAUGGCUGCUGAAGUGUCCAUGCUUCUUUUCGGUGUCAGCUGUGGGUAUCUACUGUAAUUAGGUGUGGGCUUUUGCAUUUCAUAAUGGGGAACAAAUCUGUGCUGAAAAGGCUGAGAAGUCUGUGAACUCCACUGCUGCCUGUCAGGAAGAUGAUGUGGUGGCUUCAGGCAGGAGAUGGAAAGUCAUUGCUGGCUGUGUACAGCAUGUGAAGGAAAAUGCUUUUUCUUUACUCAGAGGUGGUGUUCUGUUAUUCCUGGCCUCUUUGCAGGCAUUUUUGGUAGUGAGUCCCUGAACUGACCCUAUUACUUGGUUUGCAAGUUGUAUUACUGAUUUCUUGAAAAUUAAAAAAUAAAAAGCCAAAUAAUCCUGUCUUCAAACGUG